AUGGCAAUGGAGGGCAAGAAGGGAGACAUCAUCGCCUUACAGACGAAGCUGAGGGAUAGCCUAAAACAAGAGCUGGCUCGUGUCCGUGUCAACGCCGAAGCCAAGGAGAACAUGUCGCCGGUUUAUGCUUUUUACGCAAUGGCACUCUACCCCGCGAGCCCGUUCUCCGUUGGCUUCACCGCGCAUCUAAGGCGGACAAGGAACAACAGUCACGGAUGGCUUGACGUGAGGGCACUGUACAAUUGUGUACUCGAAGCAUUCACGGAGGACGAUGCGGCAUAUUUCAGUGCCAACGACAACAAGCGCCUAGCCGCCGUCGUUCGUAUGGCGGAGAAAUGGAUCCCGGUCCUGAUGUCCUUCGUAGGGGGGUCUUACAAAGACGACGGCAUGGGAAGGGAUGUUUUCCAGACUGGAAUAACAAAGAAGGUUUUCAAGAAAGGCUUCGGGCGGAUAGAGAGGAAAUUCCCGGCACUUACCAACACGUCUACGCUCAUCAGUGGCUGCAACACCAGGAGUGGAGAGCUGAUUCCUGCGUUCGUGUCAACUUCUACCACGGUCGUGCCCGUCAACAAGCAGGUUCUGCUGGAGUACAUCGACCCUUGCACCGAGAAGGGCUACGAUGCCAGGGUCAUGUACUUGACCUUCGCGGUCUUGGUGGUUGACCGUGCCCUGUCCCGAGGUCAAAAAUGCGACGACGUACCUCAGAGAUUCCAUGACCUAUGGGCGGCUAUGCCCAACUGCACGAAGCCGUUGAAGGAUGCACUCCUGUCCAGCGCUGAUGAUCUUGUGCUGCGCGACUCCAAUGGGGAGAUAGGAGAAUAUUUCUUCGACGACAGCCGCCUUCGUUUUUUCGAUGCCCAAAAGGCGGAUUCGGGCGUCGGCGUUUCGGGCGUCGGCAAGGACCAAGGAGUGUCUGGAAAUCCGCAAUCGUCGAAGAGUAGUCGGGUGGUGGCUACGUGCGCACGAGGGAUAUUCUACGGCUCAGUUCCAACGUCCUUCCUGAAGGAUCUUGGCGUGGUGACGGAUGCUGGAAAUAAAGCCGUCUAUGUCACCCUGGCGGUGGACGACGAAGAUUAUCUCGAGGAUUCAUGA